AUGGUAAAGAAUCUGCCUGCCAAUGCAGGAGACCCAGGUUUGAUCUCUGGGUCGGGAAGAUCCAAUGAAGAAGGGAAUGGCAACUCCCUCCCAUGUUCUUACCUGGAGAAUCCCCAUGGACAUUGGAGCCUGGUGGGCUACAGUCCAUGGGGUCGCAAAGACUUGGACACGAAUGUUUACUUAUUUUCCACAAGGGGAAAAUUACCAAAAAUACUUAAAGACAACAAAAAAAUGAGACCACAGAGCAAACAUUAUUUUAAUUACAGAUUGAAAUACAGUGCAUCAGAUGAGGCAAAUAUCAUACUGUACCAGUCUUUAAAAAUCUGA